AACAAAUUCUCAUUCUCUUUUUAUCUCUCCUUUCUCUCCAACAAACAUUUUUUUCUUUUUUUUUUCUUAUUCAAAUUCAUUUUUUAUAUUAUUACUCAUAAGAAAUACCUUCAAUUUUCUUCAUCUUCCAGAGAAACCUGAGUUUCAUAUUCAGGUUUCUUUGGAACAACACAAAAAUAUUUUUUCAAGGUUUAGCGGCAUGGAAAAUCACGUAAUGGUUGAAAUUGCAGAAGAUAAUUUUGAAACUCCCUCACUGAUUAAGUUUAUAGCAUCGAAUGAUGUUGAUGGUUUUGAUACAUUUCACUCUCAAUUUCCAAGCCCAACUCGCAAAGAUACCGAAGCAUCCUCACCAACAAGCUUACAAGAUGAACCAUUAGUCAUCAAUCAUCAAAGAAAACCAUCUGUUUCUUUAAGCAUGCCACUUUCUGCUGAAGAAGUUCAACUUCAAAGUGGCAGUAACAGCCAGAAAGUUUUCUUUAGUGGAGAGUCUGUUAUCAUCAAAGAUAUAAAACCAUCUGCGGCUCUCCCUCCAAAAAACCCGAAAUGUUACUCUCAACCAAUGCCGAAAGGUAUGGUUCGCCAAGACGGUUCUCAAACUCAAAAGGUUAAUAGUAAUCAUCAUAAUCAACCAGCUGGAAUCAAAAUGUUUAGAGAUAAGAGAUUCGACUCGUUUAAAACAUGGUCUGGUGGACUCGAGAGACAGUUAACGAUUCUGCGCGGUAAAGAACCGGGCGGAAGUGCACAAGAGGGUAACAUCUCUGCAAGAAGCAUUGAUAGAGCUUUACCUGUUGAUAGGUAUUUCGAUGCAUUGGAAGGUCCCGAGUUAGAAACUCUUAAGUCAUCAGAAGAGAUAAUGCUUCCUCAAGACAAACGAUGGCCGUUUCUUCUCCGGUUCCCCGUUUCAUCGUUUGGUAUAUGCCUCGGAGUUAGCAGCCAAGCAAUUCUCUGGAAAACACUAGCCACAUCACCUGCAACUGAAUUCCUCCACAUAACUCCCAAAAUAAACCUAAUCUUAUGGUGCAUAUCCACGCUGCUUAUCGCCUCCGUUUUCACAGUCUACAUUCUCAAACUCGUCCUCUACUUCGAAGCAGUUCGUCGCGAAUACUACCAUCCUAUCCGUGUUAACUUCUUCUUCGCGCCAUGGAUAGCUCUCUUGUUUUUAGCCCUCGGUGUUCCUCCAUCCAUCGCCGAAAACCUGCCUCAUGCUCUUUGGUACAUUCUAAUGGUACCGAUAUUUUUCCUCGAGCUCAAGAUUUACGGACAGUGGAUGUCUGGUGGACAAAGGAGGCUCUCGAAAGUGGCGAACCCUUCGAAUCAUUUAUCAAUUGUUGGAAACUUUGUUGGAGCAUUACUCGGUGCAUCGAUGGGACUAGUUGAAGGACCUCUUUUCUUCUUCGCCAUUGGACUUGCUCAUUACAUUGUGUUAUUUGUGACACUUUAUCAAAGACUUCCAACUAAUGAGACACUACCUAAAGAACUUCAUCCAGUUUUCUUUCUGUUUGUUGCAGCACCUAGUGUUGCUUCAAUGGCUUGGGCUAAGUUGCAAGGUUCCUUUGAUUAUGGUUCAAGGAUCGCGUAUUUCAUCUCCGUCUUCCUUUAUUUCUCAUUGGCUGUGAGGAUCAAUUUCUUCAGAGGAUUCAAAUUCUCUCUUGCAUGGUGGGCCUAUACUUUUCCAAUGACUGGUGCAGCAAUUGCAACCAUAAGAUACUCAAAUGAAGUACCAAACACUGUUACUAAAUCAUUGUGUGUUGCAUUGGCUCUCGUCUCAACAUUCACUGUCAUGGCACUUCUUCUAUCAACAAUGUUGCAUGCAUUUGUCUUCAGAGACCUUUUCCCUAAUGACAUUGCUAUUGCCAUAAGUGAUAGAAAGAGAAAACCACAUAAAAAUUGGUUAGGUUUUAAAUAUGGAAGCCAAGAUGGUAAAGAGAUUGAAACUUACUUGAAGUUUGUGAACACCGAUAAUAGUAGUGUGGAUGGUUCCACCCGGCAACCGUCGGAUUGCAUGGAUGGUUCCACCCGGCAAUCGUCCGAUUGCAUGGAUCAGACUUCUCCUAAUUAAAGAUAAGGAUAUUCGAUGUAGGGUUUCAAAAAGAGUCUGCGACAAUCUAACUUAAGACAUUAAAUCAUUGAUAUCUACAACGAUCUUGUCUGAAAGGACGAAUGCCAUCAAUGUUUUUGAUAUCUCUAAAUUUGAUGAUAUUAAGGUUCGUGAUGCGACUGCGGCCGUUAUUGCUAUGUAAAAACUUGUUUGUUGGUAUGGAAUAAUGGUGUUUUAUAAGAAGAAAAAUUAUCAGCGAUGUAAUAAUGUUUUAUAUAGUCAAGCAUAUGUGAGGAACAAAAGUGGUUUUGAUUGUUCCAAUGAUCAUGUGAAGUAGUAAGUUAAAUAUGGUUUGUGUAGGAUGAUUAGAUUUUUGUAGAAAUGGUUCCCACCUCCUAUGAAAAAUAAGUGAGGUGUUAAUUAUAUGUUAAUAUAAGUUACUAUUUUUAAAUGAUCAUUCUUCUUACAAGUGUAUUUUCUUCAUCUACAAAACUAAGUCCUAAGAUCUUAAGAGAAUUGAAUUUAGUUCUAUUAUUUAUUUACACUAAGUUUCAUAACCACUAGGAUAUUCAUUUUUAUUAGGUCAUUGAUAAUUGCCAUUAGCAAUUUCACUUCUGCAAAGCCACCUUCUUGUU